CAGCUCAACGCCGAUGGUUUAGACACAGCAAGCACAAGCUGUAUUUACUACAAACUUUUUAAGCACGAAAGUGGCGUCUGAAUAAAUAGUACACAAAUACAAAAUUAAAAAAAAAAAAUAUAAAAAGUAAACACAGAAGGCAGCGUUUUUCCUCCUUGUUGUAUUUUUUUUUUGGUUUUUUGCUUGUCACCCAACAGCCGCUGUAGUUUCAAUUCAAAACCCAUUCGAAUACCGAUUGCCGAUUCGAAAAGCGAUCCCAACUGCAUUUGCAGCCGUGUGUCAAUGUAAAUGAUUGCGAGCAAACAGAAACAAACGCCGAUUAAAAAACAAACAAACAAACAAUUCGAUCGGAGGAGCAGUGCAUUAGUGAGUCUCAGUCUAAUUUGAUCCCGCCAGCAGGAUGUCACCCAAGGACGGCAGCCUGGGCGAUCCCAAAUUCGCCAAGUACACGGUGAACCAUGAGCCACCUCCUCCGGCGACGACGACACAGACCACCACCACCACCACCACUGGUGUGGACAAGACGAUGGCCAAGGAAAAGGACAAUGCCACAACGAGCCCGCCCGUGAAACGAUCGUGGCGCGAGAAGAUCCGCCUGGUGGCCAACAAUGUCACCGUGGAACCGAUCCUGGCCGCCUACAUCAUGCCCAGCGUGCUCUCCAAUCUGGCCACCCAGAAUCUCAACCUGGAGAAGGCCUGUCGUGUGAACAUGGCCUACGGGGAUGAGGUGUGCGAUGCCCUCACCCGCCGCCAAACAGCCAACUACACACUGGAGGAGGAAACAGUGCAGCAAAUGGUGGCGCGAAUGGCCGCCUGGAAGACGGUGAUCCAGUCCCUGUUUCCCUGCCUGCUGAUCCUCUUCUGGGGUUCCUGGAGCGAUCGCCAUCGCCGGCGGAAGCCCUGCAUCCUCAUCCCGGUGGUGGGCGAGUUCCUGGGCGUCGUCGGCCUGAUGCUGUGCGUCUACUUCGAGCAGGCGCCCAUGGAGGCGGCCGCCCUCACGGAGGCUAUCUUCCCAUCCCUCAGCGGCGGCUGGUUCACCAUGUUGAUGGGCGUCUUUAGCUAUAUAGCGGACAUAACCACGGAGGAGGAUCGCACGCUGAGGAUCGGCAUUCUCAAUGUUUGCUUCUCGGUGGGUGUGCCCAUCGGCAUGGCCUUCAGUGGAGUCCUGCUCAAGCAAAUUGGAUUCUAUGGCGUAUUCUCGAUCUCGGCCGCCUUCUACGUGAUAGCCUUUGUCUACGGCUUCUUCUUCCUGGAGGAGCCACAAUCCCGGCCGGAGAAAAGUGCCGAGCAGAAGAGCCUGCUGGCCGACUUCUUUGACAAGGAGCACGUGGUGCAGACAUUCCGCGUGGCCUUCAAGAAGGGCGAGAAUCAGCGCCGCAAACGCGUCAUCCUGCUGAUGAUCGUGGUGAUGGUCAUCAUUGGUCCACUUCACGGCGAGAUGGCAGUGACGUAUCUAUUCACCCGAUUCCGUUUCAAUUGGUCGGAGGUGGAGUUCAGUUUCUUUUCGACUUAUGCCAUGUUUACCGGUCUCAUCGGUGUGAUUUUCUGCGUGGGUAUUCUCUCCCACAAGCUGAACAUCGAUGAUGCACUGGUCGGUGUAUUGUCCAGCACCUCGAAGAUCCUGUCGUCCUUUGUCUACGCCUUUGCCACUUUGCCGUGGCAUAUGUACCUGGGCGGACUGGUGGAGAUCUUCAAUGGCACGGCCUUCAUAGCAAUGCGUUCGAUAGCCACCAAAUUGGUGUCCAAGGACGAGCUGGGCAAGGUGAACUCGCUGUUUGGAGUGGCCGAGGCCCUAAUGCCCAUGGUAUUUGCACCCAUGUACACCACCUUGUAUGCAGCCACUUUGAGAGUCCUGCCAGGUGCCUUCUUUCUGCUCGGCGGCGGUCUUACCCUGUUCUCCGUCUUCAUAUUCCUAUGGAUGUACCGAUUCCAGGUUCGCCAGCGGCGAAAACUGGCCACCUCGGAUGCGGAAAGUGCCUCCGUGAAGGAUCCCAAUGGCAAUAUCAAUGCCAUCGAAGCCUUGGUCCUGGCCAGCGAGGCCAAGGGUCAGAUGAACGGCAUCCUUGCCAAUGUGAUACACGAGUCCUUGGAGCACGCCGAUCAUACAGCGACACCACCAAUCACAAACAAUACACAAUCAAUCGAACGGGGCAUCGAGAACCAUGGGUUCGUCCAGGAGGAGAAGGUCAAGGAUAGGGAUUGUUGAUGAUGUUGGCGAGAUGAGAAGGGGAUCCAAGUAUUAUCCCAUCCUCAUGUACAUACUCACAUUCCGUUGAGGAACUUGAAGAUCGGGCGUUGAAAUAGUCGGGAAAAGAUGAGAGCUCUCUUUUUCGGGAUUUCUGUAUUGAGUAAAUCGAAUCGAUAAAUAUUAUUGAUUUAAUUAAAAUGGAAAUUCCUGACGAAGAGCUUUACACUCGUCUGAAUUUCCCUUUUAUUCUCGAACCUUAACCUGUUUCUAUUCCUAUUCACCUAAACAAUGUGUACAAUUACAAAUAUUAUUAUUUUUUUUAUUUAGCCAUAAGUUUCGAAAUGUAUUUUCUUUUUCGUUGUAAUUAUCGUACCUUUUGUUAUUAUUAUGAUUUCCUUUUUUUGCUUAGCUGUAAGGAGUGUUAAGAUGAAUUUAAU